AUGACUGAGCGGAAGGCAAAGGAUCCCCGGGCUCCCCACGUGGCGGGCAGAGCGGCCUCCCCCACCCAGGUCGGAUCCCCUCUGCUGGGACGCCGGGACACAGGCCCCUUUCAGGCGAGUGAGACCUCGGACGCGUCGCCUGCAACCUCGGUCAUACCCCUCUCCCUGGACGGGCUGCUCUUCCCUCGGCCCUGCCAGGGUCAGGACCCAGACGGGAAGACUCAGGACCAGCAGUCGCUGUCAGACGUGGAGGGGGCGUAUUCCAGAGUUGAAGCCACAGAGGGUGCUGGAGGUGGCACCUCUAGACCCCCAGAAAAGGACAGCGGACUGCUGGAGAGCGUCUUGGACACGCUACUGGCGCCCUCGGGUCCUGGGCAGAGCCACGCCAGCCCGCCCGUCUGCGAGGCCACCAGCCCUUGGUGCCUCUUUAGCCCCGAGCUUCCCCAAGACGCCCGGGCUGCCCCUGUCACUCAGGGGGUAUUGCCCUCUCUCAUGAGCCGACCAGAAGGCAAGGCUGGUGACAGCUCCGGGACGGCAGCUGCCCAGAAAGUGCUGCCCAGGGGCCUGGCACCGUCCCGGCAGCUGCUGCCCCCGACGACCGGGAGCCAUCACUGGCCCGGGGCCGCAGUGAAGCCCUCUCCGCAGCCCCCUGUGGUGGAGGUGGAGGAGGAGGAUGGCUCCGAGUCCGAGGGCUCCGUGGGUCCGCCUCUGAAGGGCAAACCCCGGCCUGCAGGAGGUCCAGCGGCCGGAGGAGGAGCCGCGACCGCUGCUCCAGGGUCAGCCGCAGGAGGCGUCGCCCUGGUCCCCAAGGAAGAUUCCCGCUUCACGGCGCCCAGGGUCGCCCUGGCGGAGCACGAUGCGCCAGCGGCGCCCGGGCGCUCCCCGCUGGCCACUACGGUGAUGGAUUUUAUCCACGUGCCCAUCCUGCCGCUCAACUCGGCCUUCCUGGCCGCCCGCACCCGGCAGCUGCUAGAGGGAGAUAACUAUGACGGCGGGGCCGCAGCAGUCAGUGCCUUUGCCCCGCCGCGGGGCCCGCCCUCG